AUGAAAACCCCCUUGCGGAAGAAGCAAGAGGAAGUAAGGGAUGCCCAGAAACGGGCAGCCAAAUUACUUGAUGUAUGUCAAUACAACUCCAUAAUGCUUGAAGUCAAAACUAAAGCAAGAGAGAUGAAACAGGAGGAACUCAUCCGGGAGCUUACGAAUGCUGCUGACAAUGCCAACAAAGCUGCUGAGGACUGCAAGGUCGAAAUGGAUCAGCUCAAAGCAGACAUCAACAAUUUGAAGGAGGCUGACAAGGAGAGGGCUGGUCUAAAGGACGAGGUCACUCGGCUGGGGAAUGACCUGGAACAGGCGAAGGGCGAGUACAAAUACGCUACCGAAGUAUUUGAUGCUCAAGUUCUCAGGCUACCACAGCCGGCUCCUUUCGAUGAGUGGGACAGCUUGGAGGAGGAGCAAGCGGCAAAGACUGUGCCGGGUGAGGCAAGAGAGGCCCAAACCCUAGAAACUCAUGGUACCCCUGCAGCCGGCCAAGACCAGCCGUCAGAGCAGCAGCAACCAGAACAGCAACAGCAACAGCAGCAGCAACCAUAG